UGAUUUGUUUUCUCUCCUCCGCCAUGAUGUUACAUGGUAUGGGCUGGACAGCUAACUAGCUCCUUUAGCCUGCUGGGUGCUUGUGUUUGGGAAGGGAGGUGGUGCAAUGGGGAGAUGCUUUGCGCCGCUAAGCUUUACAUAGCAUUUGCCUCCAACAGAAUGCACCUUCACCAACGAGCUGUAUCCUCUGGUGAACCGCUCGUUGUCCUCGAGGGCUGCUGAUUGACAGCACAACGAUAUUUUAACGGUGGCCGAAGGACGGUGCUUCGUAACAAUUUAAAGAUUAACGCUCGCUGAAGUAAGCUGCCAGGCUAGUUCGGAGCUAGCCCCUCCUUGCUCUCUCUCUCUGUACAGUACCAUCAGAUUUCUCAGUCUCCUGCUGUAGGAAUGUUCUCUAAAAAGCCUCAUGGAGACGUCAAGAAAUCAACACAGAAAGUGUUGGACCCUAAAAAGGAUGUACUGACGAGACUCAAACAUCUGAGGAUAGUAAUAGAGAACGCAGAGUCAUCGGAGCUGAAGCAGUUCUUUGAUCAGAACUACUCGCACAUCUACUAUGUCUUCUUUGAGAACUUUGUCACCAUUGAGGUCGGCCUCAGACAAAAAGGACACAAGUCUCAGAGGGAGGAGCUGGAUUCCAUCCUCUUCAUCUUUGAGAAAAUCCUCCAGCUCCUACCAGAGAGAAUUCAGAGCAGAUGGCAGUUCCACAGCAUUGGGCUCAUCCUCAAGAAGCUGCUGCACACAGGAAACUCCCUCAAGAUCCGUCGCGAGGGCGUGCGCCUGUUCCUGCUGUGGAUGCAGGCGCUGCAGAGCCACGCCGAGCGGGAGCAGCUCUGCAUGUUCGCCUGCCUGAUCCCGGGGUUCCCCGCGCCGCUGUGCCACGGCACCCCCCGCACGCUGGACACUCUGAUCAACCCGCCGCUCAACCUCACAGAGACUCAGGUGACUCCAGAGGAGAUCACCCCAUUGGUCCCUCCUCAGUCAGGGGACAAGAACCAGGAAGACCUCACUGCCUAUUUCCUGGAAGCUUUGCUCAAAUACAUGGUAAACCAGGCCAAGUCUCUGGAAUGGCGCUGCAAAGAGAACCACGAGCGUGGCUUCAACUUCCUCUUUGACCACUUCAGGAAGUUCUACCUGCCCCACAUCUUUCCCAACUUCUCCAUGGAAACCAGCCUCUACCAACCCAUAUUGGACGUGCCCCCCAUGCGGCCCAAGCCCUACUACAGCAUGGUGCGCAGGGAGCCCGAUACCGGCAGCGAGCCCCUCUACUGCACCAAGGAGAGCUUCCUGCAGGCACGGGUCAUCUUCAUCCGCUGGCUGGUGUCCUUCUGGCUGGAGCCGCGCACCAACGCCCAGACCAUCAUCCCCGGCACCGAGGGCGAGAUCAUCCCCAAGAACAUCCAGAGAGCGGCCGCGGGCCUCGCCGCUCGCACCGCCGGCCUCUCGGACGACGGCCUGGGCGGGCUGCGGUCCGACAACCACCUCGACGGCACCGGCUCCGCGGGCUCCGGCGGACUGGGAGGGGGCGGCGGCGGCGGCAUCGGCGGCGCGCUGGGCGGCAAUUGCGGCGGUCUGGGCGGCGGCGGCGGGCUCUCGGGGGGCUUCGGGCGGGAGGGCGAGCAGAGCCACUCCAACACGUCCACGCUGACGGAGCGCGAGCCCAGCUCGUCCUCGCUGUGCUCCAUGGACGAGGAGCAGCUGACGGACAUGGAGGUGGUGCGCCGGGUGCUCACCAGCAACAGGACCAACGUCAACUUCAUCACCGAGAUCUUCAGACAGGCCUUUCUCCUGCCCAUGUGCGAGGCGGCCGCCAUGCGUAAGGUGGUGCGCGUGUACCAGGAGUGGAUCGCCAUGGAGGACAAGCCGGUGUUCAUGAAGGAGCCGGACCACGGCCCCUACCCCGCCACCAACAGCCUGGACCGGGAGCACGACGACCAGUGUAACAAACUCAUUGACAAUGAGAUGCUCGAGUACAGUAUCCAUGCUGGGGUCCAAACCACACUUCAGGUGUUCAUCACCCACUCCGCCAACGUGUUCCUGCUUGAGCCGGCCAACGACCUCAAGACCCUGCUGGAGGAGCAGGUGGACAUGUGCAAGCGUGUGCUCAACAUCUACCGCAGCCUCGUCAUGCACCAGAGCAUGGACCAGAAGACCUGGGAGCAGAUCUUGCUGGUGCUGCUCAGGGUGACUGAGUCGGUGAUGAAGAGGCCUCCCUCCAUCAUGCCUCAGGGGAAGAAGAGCAACACGCUGUCGGGACGGCUCGCUGCAGCCUUGUUUCAGACCCUGAUCGUGGCCUGGAUCAAGGGGAACCUCAACGUCUUCAUCAGCCGGGACCUGUGGGACGACCUGCUCUCGGUGCUCUCCUCCCUCACCUGCUGGGAGGAGCUGGUCACCGAGUGGUCCCUCACCAUGGAAACCCUCACCAAGGUGCUCGCAAGGAACCUGUACACUGUGGACCUGAAUGAGCUUCCUCUGGACAAACUAAGUGAACAGAAGCAGAAGAAGCACAAAGGAAAAGGCAUGGGUCUGGAGGGCCAGCGGCAGUGCGUGGACCGCUCCUUCUCCAAAGGUUGGAGCCGCGACCAGCCGGGCCAGGCAGCCGCCAUGAGGCAGCGCAGUGCCACCACCGCCGGCUCCCCCGGCCUGGAGAAGGCCAGGAACAUCGUCCGGCAGAAGACCGUCGCCCUGCGUAGCUGCUCCACGGGGGAUUCUCUGCUCUCCUCAGCCUUUAUCCGCAGUGCUAAGAGUGCUCCUGCUCUGGCCCCGCCUCUUCCUGUCCUCCACCACCACCAACACUUUCCCUUACUACCCCCUCUAGCUGACCAGCUGGCAGACCUCGAGGACCCGCCCAUCACCCUGGCACCCCGCCCCUCCCGCAUGCGCCACUCCUCGCAGAGCGAGGAGGCGCCCAGCGCUUCCUGCUCCGAGGUCUUCCAGGGCGGGUCAUGUGACCUGGAGUCGGCCCCGCCCCCGGUGCUGGCGCGGAGCAGCAGCGCCUCCGACGUGGUCAUGGAGCCCUUCGUCACGGAGCGGGCCAAAGGUGACGAGCCCCCCGACGACCCCCGCACCACCCCCGAUUCUUCCCACCACCUCACCCCCACUUUCUCACAGCUCACAGCCAGUAGCCUCGCCACGCCACCACCCCCGCCGCACUCCCCCGCCUCCGACCCCCUGGCCUCCCACCACGCCGUCCUCUCGUCCUCCUUGGACGAGCUGGGCGACGGCGCGCUGUACGCCCAGCUCUGGCCCGGCACGGCCCCUCGAGGGCGGGCCCCCCGCUCCGACUGGGCCAGCGUCUCGGACUCCGCCCUCGUCUUCUCCCCCGAGAGAGAGAUGGACGAGGAGGACGGGGGAGCGGGAGAAGAGGAGGACGACCUGUUCUCCUCCAUCAGGGAUUACCUCACCCAGAGGGGGGCCGAGUGGCGGGAGGAGGCCACGGCCGCGGGGGGGAAAGGGAAGGAGGGCGCCGGGGGCGACGCCGACGCCGCGCCCCAGCCCGUGCUGGUGCAGACGGGCAUAGCUAGGACCCAGGUAGGGCCGCUAGGGCAGGUCCGGGAGGCCCGGCAGGUGGCCCGGGAGGACGCCCGACAGGUAAGUAAAGCGGGGAGGCACGGCAGCGAGGACUCUGGGGAGGAGACGGAGGCGGAGCAGCGCAGCAUCUACGAGUGCCUGGAGCUGCAGUGCCCGUGGCCGUCGCCCGGCAGCGGCAGCUCCAGUCUAGAGAGGCAGGCCGGCCGCCGGGAGAGGAGGGACGGGGACAGAGACGGGGACGAGAGGGGAGGGGAUCAGGGAAGGGACCGUAAGGAAGUCGUGGUGUCGUCGCCGUUGUCCGAGAGACGCCCCCAGCUGACGAGGCAGGAGCCCCUGGAGACGGAGAUCGUCGGCGGCCCCGCCGCGAGCCCCCCCUCUCAGACCCCCAGCCCGGAGACGUCCCGGGGUAAGCUUGCCCGCGGGCGCCCCAAGAAGCGGCAGGCGAGCGGGGUCCACGUGAGCUUCCGGCCCUCCACCGAGUCGGUGCAGUUCCACAACCCCCUGGAGAGCAAGGAGGCCCACUGGAGGGCCCGGCUGCGGCGCCUCAGCCACUUCCACACGCACAGCCACUCCGCCGGGGAGCGGCCAGGCACCCCGCCGGGGGCCAAGGCGGGUCCGGGCAGUCUGGGAGGUUUACCCGGGGUGGGCCUCAAGGCGGGGCUCCAGGAGAAGGCCGGCCCCGGGGAGCCCUCGGCGGCCGGCCCCGGCGCCCCCGGGGACCGCUCGGGGGCCGGGGGCCAGGACUGCAGCGACAAGGACGAGGAGCGCCCGGGGGGGGGCGCGGCCCACCCGGAGAAGGCGGCCGGGGCCGGCUCCUCCGGGGUGAGGGGCCGCCUGGGCCGCUCCGGCCUGCGGCCCCGCGGGUCCCGCUCUCGCUCCCAGGAGCCCGGCGGCGGCGGCGGCGGCCCCCGGCACCACCACCAGGUGGCCCUGCUGGGCGGGGUCUAUAAGACGGUGGUGCACGCGCUGUCCUCCAAGCCCCGGCCCCGGGGCCAGGGCUCGUCCCAGGGCUCGUCCCCGCAGCGGCAGGUCCGCGGGGCCUCUGGCGACGCGCCCCUCAGGGACCUCUACUCCCACGUCCUGGGCUACUUUGGACGCAAGACCGCGACGCCAGCAGCCAAUAAGGAGGAGGUGGUCCAGAAAGCACGCCCGGUCUCCAGCGACGUUGGCGGCGCGAACCCCAACUUCUCGGACCUGAUGGACGAGUUCAUCCAGGAGAGGCUGAAGGGUCGCCGUGGCAGCAGCCCAGGCAGUCUGGAGAUCCCCAAGGACCUGCCGGAGCUCCUGGACGGCGGCCAGGGUCCCGGGUCGCGGGCCUCAGAUGACCCGCGGCCCAUCGACGACCCCGGGGUUCCCUCAGAGUGGACCUCUCCCGCCAGCGCCAGCGGCUCUGAUGUCGUCAGCUCCGACAGCCAAUCGGAUUCCUUUAAUGCCUUUCAGUACACCAGCUGCAAGUUUGACACCUUCACCUUCAGCUCAGACCUGGGCACCGGAGCAGGAGGGGGAUCGGGGUCUGACGGAGGAGGCGGGCGGGGAAGCUCCCUAGACCAGGACAGCCUUGGAGGGGGCAUGGCCUGUGAGGAACAGGAAGUGGCCAGUCUGACGACGCUCCACCUCGACUCGGAGACCAGCAGCCUCAGUCACACCGUCACCGUCACUGGGUCAGAGAGUGCCGAGUCUCCCGUGCGUUCCCUGGGGGGCUCUCGGUCCCAGACCCCCUCCCCCGCAACGCUGACGGCGGAGCACGCAGAGCGCACGCACUCCCACUCGCACACACACCUGCAACUGGACCAGAAGCUGCACCACGCUGCCCUGCAGACCCCUGACCACGAAACAAGUGAGGACUGUAGCGUGAUGGCUGGGGGCUCUUUGAUCGGUUGGCAUGCCGACGUCGCCACGGUAAUGUGGCGGAGGAUGCUGGGUAUCCUCGGAGACGUCAACACCAUCAAGGACCCAGAGAUCCACGCCCAGGUGUUUGACUAUCUGUGUGAGCUAUGGCAGAACCUGUCCAAGAUCCGGGAUAAUUUGGGCAUUUCUCUGGACAACCAAUCAUCUCCUCCGCCUCCUGGUCUGAUCCCGCCCCUCAGAAUCCUAACACCAUGGCUGUUCAAGGCGACCAUGCUGACGGAGCGCUACAAGCAGGGGAAGCUCCACGCCUACAAGCUGAUCUGCAGGAUCAUGAAGAGGCGCCAGGACGUGUCCCCCAACACAGACUUCCUCACGCACUUCUACAACAUCAUGCACCGCGGCCUCCUGCACCAGGACCAGGACAUAGUGAACACCAUCAUCAAGCACUGCAGCCCCCGGUUCUUCAGCAUCGGCCUUCCCGGAGCCACCAUGCUCAUCCUGGACUUCAUCAUCGCCGCUGCUCGCGUCACCGCCUGCUCCUCGCUCAACGCUCCCAGGGUGGAGGCGCAGGUGCUGCUGGGCUCCCUGGUGUGUCUGCCCAACCUGUACGAGGAGCUGCCCGCCCUGCACCCCACCACGGCAGACCUGGUGCUCACCAAGUUCACCGACGUCAAGGAACACAUUAUCAAACACAUCUUGACCUCCGCCAAAGAUGAACCCUCCGCUCCCGCAAGGUGUGUGGCCCUGUGCAGUCUGGGGAUCUGGCUGUGCGAGGAGCUGGUCCGAGGCACCCAGCACCCCCAGAUCAAGGAGGCACUCAACGUGCUGUGUGUCACUCUGAAGUACCCCAACAAGAGCGUAGCAUUGGUUGCAUCUGAUGUCCUUCACCUGCUGAUCAACUAUGCUGAUCACCUGCAGAAAUUCCCACCGGACACCCCCAAGAAGAUUGUUGAGAUUUUGAUUGCCACAAUCACAUGCCUGCUGCCUUCUACGGAGUCCUCCCCUCAUGAACUGGACAAGAGGCUGGUAGUGUCCUUGCUGCUGUGUCUGUUGGACUGGGUCAUGGCCCUGCCCCCCAAGACCCUGCUGCGGCCCGUUCAAACACGCAGCCCCCCAGACAAGGACCAGCCCACCAAGACCCUGCUGAGCUGCAUUUACAAGGUGCUGCACGGCUGUGUGUACGGCGCCCAGUCGUUCAGCAGCGCCAAGUACUUCCCCCUGCAGCUGUCGGACCUGUCCAGCUCCGAGUACGACCCCUUCCUGCCCCUGGAGAGCCUGCGGGAGCCCGAGCCGCUCCACAGCCCCGACUCGGAGCGCUCCAGCAAGCUGCAGCCCGUCACCGAAGUCCGCAGUCGCCUCCAGCACGGCCUGGUUUCCAUAGCGGCGAGGACGGUCAUCACACACCUGGUCAACCAUCUGGGGCAUUACCCCAUGUCUGGGGGUCCUGCUACGCUCACCAGCCAGGUGUGUGAGAACCACGACAACCCGUACUGCGAGAGCCCCGACCUGGGUCCAGAACUCUUCCACUCCCCCAACCUCCAGUUCCUGGUGCUCAACGGCUCCACGCUGCUCUCUGUGCUGCAGAUCCGGUCCGAGUCGGGGGUCCCUGGCGGGGGGAUGACGGCCGGGCUGUCCUCGGUGCCCGCCUGCGUGCGCGUGGUGGUCCGGGACGUGGCCGGCAAACACUCGUGGGACUCGGCCGUCCUGUACGGGCCGCCGCUCUGUCCCGGCGGGCAGGCCACCCCGCCGCCAACACGCCCACACCCUCAGGCCCCGCCGCAGGGCCUGCAGCUGCACACCCCGCCCGGACCCCCGGCCCGGAGGCUGGGCGACAAGAGAGAGGUGCAGGAGGAGGUGAGGGAGGAGGAGGAGGAGGAGGAGGAAGAACCAGAGGAGGAGCAGGACUGCAGUCCUGUGGAGAAGGAGAAGGAGCAGGGGGUGGACAGUGAGAAAGGGGAGGACGACGAGGAGAAGGACGAGGACGAUCAGAAAGAGGGCGAGGACGCGGUCAUGGAGCGAGGGGACGCCGGCUCCGAGCAGCUGCCCGCCCCGCCAUUGGCCAAGCGCGUGUGUCGGGAGGCGGUGCCUGGCUGGGAUUCGCUGAGGGAGGGAGACGACACGCUGGAUGAGAUGCUGCAGUACCUGGGCUACUCCAGUCCCGAGUGUCUGCAGAGAGCAGGCAUGCCUCUCAAUAUCCCCGCCCCUCAACCAGCGUGCGUCUCGGAGAAGCAGGAGAAUGACGUCAUCAACGCCAUCCUGAAGCAGAGUGCUGCAGAGCACGAAUUCAUCCUGCUCCGAGGGGAGGGGCUGAACAUGCGGGCGUCCCAGCAGCCCGAGCCCGACACCGAGACCCCGCAGUCGGCCUUCUACUACUGCAGACUGCUGAUCAACAUCCUGGGCCUCAACUCAUGGGAGAAGAGGACCAACUUCCACCUGUUGAGGAAGAACGAGAAGCUACUGCGAGAACUGAAGAACCUGGACUCCCGUCAGUGCCGCGAGACGCACAAGAUCGCGGUGUUCUACGUGGCCGAGGGCCAGGAGGACAAGCACUCUAUCCUGACCAACACAUCGGGGAGCCAGGCCUACGAGGAGUUUGUCUCUGGGCUGGGCUGGGAGGUGGACCUGACCAGUCACUGCGGCUUCAUGGGUGGCCUGCAGAGGAACCACAGCACGGGCAUGACCACGCCCUACUUCGCCACCUCCACCACCGAGGUGGUCUUCCACGUGUCCACGCGCAUGCCCCCGGACCAGGACCACAACCUCACCAAGAAGCUGAGGCACCUGGGAAACGACGAGGUGCACAUCGUGUGGUCGGAGCACUCGCGCGACUACCGCCGCGGCAUCAUCCCCACCGAGUUCGGGGACGUGCUCAUCGUCAUCUACCCCGUCAAGAACCACAUGUACUCCGUCCACAUCCUCAAGAAACCCGAGGUGCCGUUCUUCGGGCCCUUGUUUGACGGCGCCAUAGUGGACAUGAAGAUCCUGCCCAUGAUGGUCAGGGCCACCGCCAUCAACGCCAGCCGGGCCCUCAAGUCUCUGAUCCCACUCUACCAGAACUUCUACGAGGAGCGUUCCCGCUACUUGGAGACCAUCGUCCUACACCACCAGGAGCCCACCACCUUCGAGGACUACGCCGCCCGCGUCUACAGCCCCGCCCCCUGCACGCACCCCCCCUCUGACGCAGGCUCCUGCCUCGAGAUUCUUCGGGGAGAAAGUCCGGCUCUGGGGGAGGUCGGGGGCGACUCCCCCUCGCCCAUGUCUCCUCGGACUAGCAAGAGCCGCAUGUCCAUGAAGCUGAGGCGCUCGUCGGGAUCGGCCAACAAGACCUGAGCAAGAGGAGUCGACCCCCUCCCCCCCCCCCCCCCCCCCACCCCCCCACCCACCCACUACACUACAAUACUCUACACAUAGACACACAAAUGCACGUGUGUCUUCUAAUAUAUUUCACUGCUUUGCCAACCACCUCCACCGCAGCAAAACACAGCAAAGGGUGUCUUUUGUUCAUAGCCGUCAUCGACUGGCUGUACUGUUGGCUGAUAAGGGGCUGACUCGGCUCUGGGACUGACCCCGGAUUGGCUUCCCCAUCGGGUGUCAGCCGGUGACGCCGUGACCAGGGCUAGACAACCUGUCGGAGCGGUGCCACGUGUAUAGGUGCCUGUUGGUUGCCUUCGGAAGUGCAGAAAAGCUAAAGUCGGGAUUCCUCAAGAUGUUAUUGGAUGUAAAAUAACCUUGAGAAGAGAAAUCGAUAUCACAUGAUCAAGGUCAUUUGUUGUGAUCUUAUGUCUUGCAGGCGUGAAAGGGAAGAGCGUUUGUGCUAUGUUCACUGUGAUAUUAUUUUUUUUCCGUUUAGAAUAGCGUUUAGAGUAGGUCCAUUCAGGCAAUUGUUCACCAUCGUGUGUGUGUGUUUCUGUGCGUUUUUAACGGGGAAAAUGGUUUGGGAUUUUUGUCGGACAAACAAACAUAGCCAGCAGGGUGUGCCAGUCGGCCACAGUCACAGCCAAUGGGGAGCCCUCACCCCGCAUGGUAGCCAAUGACGGUGGACUUUGAGUGAAGAAGCGACUUGUCCCUCGUGAGUUCCACCUGUCCAGCACGCCUCCAUUUUACACAGCUCACUAUAGAAUCCAUUUCCCAUUCACACUCCUGUGCUUCCAUGCUGUACUGUGCCGCCCUGUUCCUUUACACCUCCAGUGGGUUCUCUCUGCGCCAUAAGGGGGUUGCCCUCUGCGUCGUGUGCCACGCCACCUCAUAUCGCUCUGUCCCGCCGGGGGUUAGCGACGGCGCCAAAACUGGCGUAGGAAAGGUAUUGUGCAAUGAUGAUCUGUGUGGUUUGAAAAGCGCCGCUCAUUUGAUUGCUAUGGUCUGGUCGCAAACUGACAAUACUGGGGAGUAUAUUGACAUUUUUGCAUGUAUUUCGCUCAGCCCCUAGAUGAUAAAAUCAGUUCGGAUAAAGACACGUUCGGACAAAGACAAGUAAAACUGUAUUUGUGGACAGAAGCUACAUGUAGAUGUAUUUUGUGUGCAUUGUAAACAGGGGAUAUGGCAAACUUGUACAUAUUGUAUUAUUUUAUUCUCCCUCUCUGCAAUGGUAAAAGAAAAUGCUUUGCUCUAUCAAACUUGGACAAUUGUUUUGCAAGGAGAAACUAAGACCUAUUAAAGUCCCAUCGGCCCUUUUCUUGUGCUCGGUGCAGCAUGAGGCCAUAUUUAGGCAACCCUUAUCACCCCACCCUUUCCAGUAAAACACUUGUGCAUUAUCCCUCGGAAGUGCUGCUAUGCGACAGCGCUAUUAAACUGAAGGUCAAUCCAUUUGGUUUCUGAAGGAAAUCUUUUCAUCAAAUUGACAAUUGAGAAAUUUAUUUUUUAUUUACAAUUCAACCAAAAGAAUGCUGAGUAAAUGCAUAUACCCGCCUGUUCCCUCAGCACAGCGCUUUGAGCAAUGCUUAGCACAAGGGGAUGGGAGCGUGUUUAGACGAAAGAGAGGUAUUCUACAGCUCGUAGGACGUAACUGGUUAUAUAAAAAAACGAUUAUAAAAAGCCUUUUCUUGCUUUUUUGAUUGACUGUAAUGUAUGUUUUGACCCAAACAAGAAUAAUGUUGCUGCAUCUCUUUAGUUUGGUGGCAUUUUUAUAUGUGGUAUAGAACUUGAGUUUCUAACUGCAUCGAUAUAUACAUUGAAUAUAUAGGUUUAUGAAUAUCUAUUAAAUGUGUACAGAGAGAGGAAACAUGUUAUGUAUAUACUAAUAAGUCAGAAGAGCCAAAAUAAAAACUGAAAAACAAUCAACCUCAAGCCCAUAUCCGCUCCAGAUGGGUAAACACUACUAUAAUAUUUUUGUUUUUAUAUAUAUAUAAAUAUAUAUAUUAAGCGAUUAUAAUUUUUUUAAGCACUUCAACUGACUAGUGGAAACCUUCAUUCUUGCGCUUCUGAAGAUGUACCGUUUGCUUGGCUUCUACAGACUACAUUGAGUUCAUGUCCAUUUUUGUCCUAUUGCAUUUCUUCCCCAAUUUGUUUUUGUUUUUUUCAUUUAAAUCCUGGCCCCAUGAUGUCACGUAUCAUGAAUACAAUAGUCAGACUCCAGCUCCGGAGCUUAAUUUUUCAUUAAUUUUCUUUCUAUCUCCAUAGCCAUUGUUUCUCCAAAGUGAGAGAAAAAAGGGAUUUAAGACGCCAUAAUAUUUUUGAAAAGUGAUUCCAUUUACUAAUGACAUUAUGGAUUGAGCUCAAACUUUUUUUUUUUAUCAUUUGUAGACGCGAGUCUUGUGAAUAUUUCACUCCUGACUAACGUUAAAAUAUAUUUUUGUUCACAUGACAUUACUUUAUAUUCGUAGUCGUCUUCGAGGAUGAAAAUGAGAGCCAUAUACCUGUGUCCCUCCACCUCCAUCACUACCACACGUGCAUCACAUGUGAACCCCAUGUGCCCCUGGCUUCUGCACUAAACUGUCUGUGCUCCACUGGAGAAGGUGUCAGGGCGUUCCAUCUCGACGCCCGUCAGCACUUGUGUGCACUCGUGCAACCUUGCCCUUUUUACCUCUUGCCACUCACUAGUACAAUACUUUGUUGGCUGUUUAAUCAGGUAAAAUCAUCCAACACUUUGGUGACCCAAUAAGACAUAUUGUUGUGUUGUUGCCAUGAACAUUCAUAGUUAAAAUUUUUGUAAGGGUGCCAAAUUGUAAUUGCCUGUAUAAAUGAAUUGAUGGCGUUUGAUGGCUUUAAAACAGAUGUGUUUGUGUGUGUAUAUAUAUACAUAUAUAUAUAUAAUGUAUAGAGGCAGUGAGCAGUUUGGGGACAAAGCUAGUGUAGCCUGUGUGACUCGACAUGCUGCAUGCCAUCAGAUCAGUUAUAAACGCAUGUGUGACAGUUGUAUCCAAACACAUGCGCACGCACACACACAACUAUCACUGUCAAAUCUGUUACAUAAGGAGUGGAUGUGUAAUGCUUUUUGACAAUAAAAGAUACAAAAUUCUAA